UUAGGGUGAUGAUGAUUAUGACUAUGAUGUUGGUGAUGAUGUAGACGGCGUUGAUGAAGAUGUUGAGGAGGAGGAGGAGGAGGAGUAUGAUGAUGAUCAUUUGGAUAAUGAUCAUGACGAUGUUGAUGAUGAUGAUGAUGAUGAUCUUUCGGAUGAUGAUGAACACGGUAUUGAUGAUGCGGAUGAUGAUAAUGAAAAGGAUGAUGAUGAUUCGGAUGAUGAUGAACACGAUAACGAUGAUUCAGAGGAUGAUAAUAAAAAUGAUGAUGACGAUUCGGAUGAUGAUGUAGUUAAAUAUGAAGAUGAUGACGAUGAUGAUGAUCAUGAACAUGAUCAUGAUCAUGACGAGGAUUCGGAUGAUCAUGAUAAUGAUGACGAUGAUGAUGACGAGCAUGAUGAUACUGUUUCGGAUGAUGAUAACGAUUCGGAUGAUGAUAAUGAUGAUGCAGAUGAUGAUGAAGAUGACGACGAUGAUGAUGUUGAUAAAGCUGACAAUGAUGAUGAUGAUAGUGAUGAUGCUGAUUCGGAGGAUGAUGAUGAAGAUGAUGAGGACGAUGAUUCGGAUAUUGAACAUGAUGGAUAUGACGCUGAUGAUGAUGAUCACGAUGAGAAUGAUGGUGACGAAGAUGAUGCUGAUGAAUCGGACGAUGAUGAUGUUGCUAAAUUUUGGAUGAUGAUGCUGAUG